AUGGACUCUCCUGUAGCGGAUAAGGAAUGGGCCAGCAAAUACCUCCUGGAUCCUUUAACGGAUCCUGAACCAAGCCAGGAAACUGGCCCUGGGAGCCAUUUUACAUCUUCCGUUGCACCAGCUUCAAAAACCCCAGCUGUGACCAGCACGGUAACCACCUAUCCCUCACCACCACCGGCCUAUCCCACACCACCACCAUCUGCCAGUCCGACACAACCCACUUUCCACCCUUCAAACCCAUGGGCAAACUACAGACACAGCGUGUACGGAAGUGGGUAUUCCAACGGCGGACCGAGCCGGAGAAGCCAUGAAGAAUCCACUCAGGCUGCCAAAGAGCGAAGAAGGCGCAGUUCCUUGGGGGAGAGGUUCCCCGGCGAUAUGUCCCACCGACCCCUCGAUCAGCUGCGGAAGGAGACCAAAACGGCCUAUCGAGCGCCGCAUUUGAGAAAACGGCACAUGCCUGGAGCGGAUGUCAUCGACGCUCUCGACAAGUCGAUGGGAGUAGCCUAUCAUCAUGAGGGACCCUAUGAUGCGACUCUCCGGGCGCGGAACAUGAAUACGAAGACCUCCCCAGUUGAAGCUCUGCGAACCUCGAAUGCCGAGGCCCUUCGAGCCACGCCAAGAGAGAAUAUCAGAGAUGCGCUGGAUAGACAUAUGCCUCUGCAGGGCACGGCCGUCAUUCCACCCGGAUUCGAAGGGCCAGAUGGUAAGCCAAUGCAGUAUGAGGAGGGCGCCGAUCUGAUGAGGGAGCCGGAUGCGGCUGGUGGUGCCUAUAAGAGGUGGGAGGGCGUGACCUAUCUCCCCGAUGACCUCAAGGGGAAAGGAGAACCAUCCUUCCGAAUCGAGAAGGCUCUGAAAGACCACGAGGCCAAUGCCCAUCGACGAGUCACGUCGGAUGGGGCCUCCGCAUACGAGAUGCAAACCCCAAAGAGCAAACCCCCGCCGCCUUCUCGUCAACACAGUGCAGAUAGUCCCCGCAGUGCAAAGAGUCCCGCCAGUGCAGGUCCGAGCGAAGCGACCGGAAGUAGCCUCAAGUACGCCCAGUUCGAGAAUGAAAUGCGGAGAAGCAACACCACUGGACGACAGGUAGGAGCGGCACUGAAGAGGAGACUUGGAAGUUUGAGAAAAAGCUUUAUCAAAAGCACCAUUGACUAG